AUGAGCGAGCCGAGCCCGGCUCCGAUGGACAACGCCUCCCAUUUCGAGGAGCAGCUAUUGCGCGUCAUAGCCCGCCAGAACUUACAGGACGGCGAGCUCGAGGCCCUCAGCUCGCAAGUGACGGACCUACACGCCAAGCUGCGUGCGAUGGGCUCCAACUUGGCGACCCCACCCCUCCUGCCCAAGGCUGAGACGGAACGGAUGCCGGACCCCCUCUCCCGCCUCGAAGCCCGCAUGGACAGGCAAGACGCGCAGAUGCGCGCCCUCACCCUCUCCAUCCAGACUCUAGCGGCCAAGAUCUCGGAACAGAACUCGCAGCGUAAGUCUCCUCCAAGCGGUGCUGAAGCAGGAUUCGCAGUUAUUAUCGCGUCACGACCAGACAGCCAGAUUGCUGCUCUAAGGGCCGAGUUGGGGGAUAUGGGGCGGUGGUGUGAGCGGUUCAAUUCGGCUCACCACCGGACGCUCGCGCGGUGUGCAGAGCUUGAGGUUCGGCUGGGGGCUGCUAAUGAGGAGGUGGCGCGAUUGCGGGAUGCUGCCCGCGUAGCCCCUGCGCGGUCUGAAGAGCAAGAGCAGGAGAAGGAGAAGGAGAAGGGUCACACCCCUGUCCAUCGCCAGGUCACCGUCGUGCGCCAGGAAUGUACUGGCAGCACAAGAAGCCGGGCCAGACGCACCUCUGGCCGCAAGACAUCCUCGCUUCCAUUACCAUCGCCCAACUAA